AUGGCGCUUCUAACGCUAUCGUGGUGGCCGCUGCUGUCGCCGUGGCUCAGCCCCGCCGCGGCGUGGUUCAUCUUCUUCAACGCAGUCGUCGGCGCCAUCGCCGUCAUGUCUACCAGCGGCGCGCAGGCAGGGCAGGCCGGCGGUGGGGCCGAGGCCACGCCGUCGUCUCGGCGCAGGCUCUGCCGCAGCGGGUCAUCUAUGGUCCUGGAUCGUCUCCGGUCUUUCUUCAUCUUUCCCAUGGGUCAGCUGCCGAUCGAUGAAAGCAGUGCUGCCUUGGGCUCGUACUGCUGCUCGCCAGAAGCAGAGGCGGCGUCCGCGACUCAGGCGUGCGCGCCUGAGCGCAGUCCACAGGCGCUGGCGGCCACAACAACCGGCGGGACUGCAGCGAUCAGGGCCGCGCAACCGAGCGCGCCUGUGGCGAUGGCAACAGCGGAGGACCACGCUCCUCCGGCACUGCCAAUGGAGGAGGAGGAGGAGGAGGAGGACAAGGCAGAGACAGAGACAGAGGCAGAGAAGGAGCAAGACCAUGAUGAGUCCAUCAGCUUGGACGAGGCGUACGCGCUAGCCCAGCGGCAUUGCGCGCAGUCACCGGCGUCGCCACCGCCAGCAGCAGCAGCCUCUGCCACCGCUGCCCCUGCUGCGUUGCCGACGGAGCACAAGAAGAAGCCAGCGAAGGUUGUGGCGGACUGGCGGAGGGUAUCAAAAGCAGGGGAGGCGCUGGAGGGGAAGGCGGAGUUGAACGCGCGCGCAGAGCUGUUCAUCCGGCAGUUCCGGGAGGACCUCAGGCUGCAGAGGCUCAACUCCAUCCUCAAGCACACCCACGCCCUGGGCUCCCCAACGGCGGCGCGGUAG